AUGGCGACGACGGCAUCGGAUGGAAGCGACGUCGAGGUGGCGGCGAAGCUCCACGACGCCGACAAUGAAUGGGAGCAGCAUCCAUCGAACCCCCUCAACUGGCCGGCGUGGAAAAAGGCGCUGCAAAUCUGCUACAUAUCUUCCAUGGCCUUUACUUCCUCCGUGGCGACGUCCAUCAUGAGUCCUGCGCGAGCCCAGCUCAUGGACGAGUUCGACGUCGACAGCACGACGGCCCUCGUCCCCUUGGUCAUGUACGUUUUCGCCCUCGCCACCGGUCCCGUCGUCGCCGGUCCCGCCUCCGAGACCUUUGGCCGUCGACCCAUCUACCUCUACGGCAUGCCCCUCGGCGCGCUCUUCACCCUCGGCGCCGGCCUGACCCACAACUUUCCGGCCCUCUGCUUCCUUCGAUUCAUGGCAGGUUUCUGCUGGGCCCCUCUCCUGUCCGUCAUGGCCGCCACCAUUCAGGAGACGUUUAGGCUCCAGUCGCGAGGGCCAGCCUCUGCCGUCGCCAUCCUGUGGCCCUUUCUCGGGCCUGCCUUUGGUCCCGUCAUCGGAUCCUUCAUCGUCCACCGCAAAGGCUGGCGCUGGACGCAGUAUUGCUUAAUCUUCUUCGCCGUCUUCUGCAUCGUGCAGUCUCCGUUCAACGGCGAAACCUUUGCACCGAUCCUGAGACGGCGCCUGGCCAAGAAGCGAGGCGAAAAGGUGCCGCCGCAAGAUCCUCUGCUCGCCCGCCUGGCCGCCUUUGCCCAGGUUGGCCUCACCCGGCCGCUUCACAUGCUCUUCACCGAACCCAUUGUCACCUUCCUGAGCCUCUACGUGGCCGUCAACUUUGGCAUCCUCUUCAGCUUCUUCGCCGGCGUGCCGUACACCUUCCAGCUCGUCUAUCGCUUCUCACUCGAGCAGUCGGGGCUGAUAUUCCUAUCCAUCGCCGUCGGCUGUGUUAUCGGCCUUGUCACCAUCAUCCUCUGCGACGUGGCCAUAUAUCGUAAAAAGGCCGUCAAGCUGCCGGAGCACAGGCUGUAUCCCGCCAUAAUCUCCUGCGUCGGCUUGCCAGUCGGCUUGUUUUGGUAUGCCUGGACGGCGCGGCCGGCCAUCUCGUGGGCGAGCCCGGCCGUCGCCAUGAUCCCCUUCGCCUGGGGCAACCUCUGCGUCUUUGUCAGCGCCAUCCAGUACACGGCCGACACCUAUCACGGGAGCGUCGUCGCGAGCGCCGUGAGCGCCAACAACUUUGCGCGUUACGCUUUCGCCGGCGCCUUCCCGCUCUUCACCAUUCAAAUGUAUAGCGCGCUCGGUGUCGACUGGGCGACGAGCUUGCUCGCCUUCGUCUCCUUGGCUCUCCUGCCAAUCCCAUGGAUCCUGUUCAAGUAUGGACCCACGAUACGAGCGAAAAGCCGGUACAACGGUGGCGAAUACGCGAAGCCCGCUGGACGAGUUCAACAAAGUGAUGCAUAG